CGAAGUGAAUAUUCUUCUGUUUAUUAAAUUUGUUAAUUUUAUAAGAUUUAUUUAUUUUAUUGUUAAAUAUUAUAUUCUCUAUAUUCUCUAAGCAAAAUGUGCAAUAAAAGUGAUAGAAAGAGUGAAAACUCAUCAAAACAUCGAAAUUAUGAAAAAUCUUUAAUUAAAAGCGAGAAAGAUAUCGAAAAAUUAAAUUGGUGGGUGAUUUUUGGUGCUGUAAUAGUUUUGACUGCUGCAACGAGAUAUUAUAAGGUCACCGAACCUGAUCAUGUAUGCUGGGACGAAACCCAUUUCGGAAAAAUGGGCAGUUGGUACAUCAACCGGACGUUUUUCUUUGACGUCCAUCCACCCCUUGGCAAGAUGUUAAUUGGCCUAUCUGGCUACCUGACCGGAUACAAUGGCACCUACCCUUUCGAUAAACCUGGCGAUAAGUACAAUAGCACUCGUUACGAAGGAAUGCGUUACUUCUGCACCACUUUGGGAGCCCUUAUCGUUCCGAUGGCCUUCGACACCGUACACGACCUUACCGGAUCCAAUGAGGCAGCCCUUGUGGCGACAGCCUAUUUAAUUUUCGACGUGGGACUCAUCACCCUCAACCAGUACAUCCUGCUGGAUCCGAUAUUAUUGUGCUUCAUGGUUGCCUCUGUGUGGGGCAUGGUUAAGAUCUCUAAGGUGACAAGAAGUGGCGAGUCAUACACAUUGAGGUGGUGGUGUUGGUUGUAUUUUACGGGCACGAUGUUAGCUUGUACAAUAAGUGUGAAAUUUGUUGGCCUUUUCAUUGUUUUGUUGGUUGGCUUUCAUACGGUUAGUGAGCUUUGGGUUAUACUUGGUGACUUGGACAAACCUCUCGUGGAAACUAUAAAGCAAACAUUUUGUCGUGCUCUUGCAUUAAUUUUAUGGCCAAUUUUCUUAUACAUGGUGUUCUUCUUCAUCCACUUGUCGGUGUUGAAUCGCAGCGGCAAUGGUGACGGCUUUUAUAGCUCAGCAUUCCAGUCCCGGCUCAUUGGCAAUUCAUUGUACAAUGUUAGUAUGCCGCGCGAGGUGGCAUAUGGCGCUGUCGUUACCAUUAAAAACCAUAAAACUGGAGGAGGAUAUUUACAUUCGCAUUACCAUUUAUAUCCGAAGAAUGUUGGAGCUCGACAGCAGCAGAUAACCACAUACACUCACAAGGACGAAAACAACAAAUGGCUUAUAAAGCCAUACAAUGAGGAAACUAUUCCUGAACUAAAAAUGCUUAAAAAUGGUGAUUUAGUAAGACUGGAACAUGUACCAACUAAGAGAAAUCUGCAUUCACAUGCAGUGCCAGCACCAUUGACCAAAAAACAUCAUCAAGUUACUGGAUAUGGUGAGGAUGGCGUUGGCGAUGCAAACGAUGUGUGGAGAGUUGUCAUCAUUGGUGGACGUGAUGAAGACAUUGUCCAAACUGUCUCAACGAAAAUCCUUCUUGUCCAUUACAUGCAAAAUUGUGCGCUAACAUCGUCAGGACUACAAUUGCCAAAAUGGGGUUUCGAACAGCAAGAGGUUUCAUGCAAUCCAAAUUUGCGAGAUAGAAAUGCAUAUUGGAAUGUAGAAGAUAAUGUUCACAAAAAGUUGCCCAGCGUGAGUUUUCAUGUGUAUGCUCCAGGAUUCUGGUCGAGAUUCAUUGAAUCACAUGCUGUGAUGUUCCAGGGCAAUGCCGGACUUAAGCCAAAGGAGGGUGAAGUCACAAGCAGACCAUGGCAAUGGCCUAUUAAUUACCGGGGGCAAUUCUUUUCAGGCACUGCUUAUCGUAUAUACUUAUUAGGAAAUCCAAUAAUCUGGUGGAGCAAUCUCAUUUUCCUGGCACUGUUCUUAAUCGUUUUCUUUAUUACUGCCGUUAAAGAACGCCGAAGAGAAGGACAACGCCAACAACAGCACCAGCAGCAGCAGUACCACCCACUGCGGCAACAGCAACAACAAAAUAAACUACUACAAGGACAUUCCAACACGUCCUACUUAAGAAAUCCUGAAAAUGGCACUGCUACCGGAUCUAGCACCACCUCCAGUACUCCAACCAACACCAUCAUUUCUGCCACCACUGAGGAUCUGAAUGAAGAAAGCAGGAGUGUUACUCCUGUUGGACGAGCUUCAGCUUCAACUCCUGCCCGUGCUAAUAACAACAAUGGAAAUGUCGGCGAAGAGAAUGAACUUCGACUGCAAUCACUCACCGGCGCUACAUGGCUCUUCAUCGGAUGGGUGCUACAUUACUUGCCAUUUUGGGCAAUGGGACGCGUCCUUUAUUUCCAUCACUAUUUUCCAGCUCUAAUUUUCAACUCAAUGCUUACAGGAAUCAUGUUCAACUACAUAACUGCCCGUUUGUCAAGAUGGACACAGCACGUAAUAAUGGGAACCUUGAUGUCGAUUUUGGUCUACAGUUUCAUGUUAUUCUCGCCACUUGCAUAUGGAGCAACGGGCCCAAUGGCUAAUGAGGCCAAUUCAACGAUGUACCGCCUUAAAUGGUUGUCAUCGUGGGAAUUUUAAUUAGAUACUGGGGAUCCGAAAGAGAGAAAGUCAAUCCUUGUCGUCAUCGUUGCAUUGUUCCUUCAUAUAUAGACCUUCAAUACACUGUGAUUCUGUGAUGAAAUCCCUUCAUCGUCGUAAUGGUAGUUAGUGUGUAGACAACUGAUGGAUCAGAGAAAACAGCCGCAGACUCGCCUUGCCAAAAACCAUUAUGUUCGACAUUUUGCAACACACAGAAUUUCGAACAACGAUAUGAAUCAUUACCAUCACAACGAGCAUGGAUGGAUUUACGGCUGAUGGGCAUCGUGUAUUACAUUCAAGAGUUGGUUGGAGGAAUUAAAUUCUUGCAUAGGUCCAUUUUCGUGAAUUGACAUUAUUGUUUCGUGAGUUAAAAUUUGGAGGGAUGCAACGCUGAAGACUGGAAGGACUUUGAGUUUAACCUUUAAUGAGAUUUUAUGGCAAUUUUAAGAAAUAGUUUCUUUUUAAGUGUUUUUGACUGAAUUAU